CUUGAACUCACGCAGCACGUUGCGUGAUUGCGUCAUCACAUCCCUGCCCCCGUUGGGCUGAGAGGUUGUCGAUCCCGGACGACAAGAGGUUGAGUUGUGCAGUGUAACAGAGCAGAAUGGCUGAGCAACUUCAUAGCAUCAACCUCCAGAAUUUCAGCAGAUCCCUUCUGGAAACUCUGAACUCACAACGUCUGGGUGGCCAUUUCUGCGAUGUGACAGUGCGUAUCCAUAACACGGCUCUCCGAGCCCACCGCUGUGUCUUGGCUGCGGCUAGCCCGUUUUUCCAUGACAAACUCUUGUUAGGUUACAGUGAGAUUGAGGUCCCGCCUUUGGUCUCAGCCCAGACUCUGCGACGACUGGUGGAUUUUAUGUACAGUGGCUCGCUGAUGGUCUCCCAUGUGGAGGCUCUACAGAUCCUCACAGCAGCGAGCGUCCUUCAGAUUAAAACCAUUAUUGACGAGUGUACACGAAUUAUUUCACAAAACGCCCCGCAAAAAGCUCAGGGGGACCAGUCAUUAGCCAGUCAAAAGUUGGAUCUUUCUGAUGAGAAAGAAGCUGUUCUUUGCCAGACAUCUGGUGAGCAGAUCCACAAGUUUCCCAUGGGCUUCAUUGAAACAACGUUGUCACCCCACACAGCUGAGAGAGAGUUUGAUUUUGUCCCGGGAUGCUCAAAGAACGCAGCCUCAACUGAUAGUGGGUACAAAGCUGAAGAAAUGCUCCCCACGCUGUGCAGGCAACAGACAGCAGCACGUCAGAAGGGAACUGGAGAGCAGGCCGUGUCUGAUCAGGAGAACCUGUCGCUCAUGGACUCCAGUCGGAACAGCGAGGUGCGCGCACUCUGGUACAACACUGCAGCCAACCAGCGACCUGAGAUGGGGCUGCUGCCGCAGGGUAGUCACAGCCGCAAACAGCGGCAGCCAAUCAGACUCCAAAUGGCUGAUGGAAGUGAAGUAACCAUCAAAGAAGAAGAUGAUGACCUUCUUUACUGUGGGGAGAACAUCACUGCCCAGACUGUCACCAAUCAAACCACAGAGCCGGUCAGCCAGGGCGAACAGACUGAGGAAGUCCCCGAAGCAAAUGCCUUUGACCCCAACCAGACUGCAGUGGGAGACCGGAGAGACUCUAGCGGUCAUCUGAGUUUGAGCAACAAAGGGGAAGAGAUGGAAUUUUUCAAUGCUAGUGACCUCUUACCGGAUGAACUGAAGUCGUUUUGGCAAGGAGAGAAAGAGGAGAAGGACACUGCCAUACAGCAAAAUCGCAAAUUGGACUGCAAGUCACAGCUUGAGGCUUCAUUCCCGCGGUCUUCAACAUUUAUACAAGACUUCCUUCCAGGAUCUACCAUGCAAUCCAACAUACGUAACCAGGGCUGCUCUUCACAAUAUGAUGUUCAAGGAGAUGCCACCGUGGCCAGCACAACUACUCACCGCAACCUCUACCAAAUUGGCCUUCCCCAGUCUCCUCACCUUCCAACAUUGGCCUCCACUUCCCAGACAUGUAUGUCCAGCAUUCCGGCUCAGACAACAUGUCAGAAUCCCCCGGUAUUCCCAGACGGAGUCCAAGCAGUGCCAGCUCCAGCUCCAGCUCCAGCCAGCCAGGUUGCUAGUGAAGCUGAGCGGAAACCCUAUGGAUGCACACAAUGUGGGAAGACUUUCAGCUCCAGACAGAACUAUGCCAAGCACAUGUUUGUUCACACAGGUGAGAAACCUCAUCAGUGCAGUGUUUGCUGGCGUUCAUUCUCGCUCAGGGACUACUUGAUAAAACACAUGGUAACACACACAGGCGUGCGAGCGUACCAGUGCCCAGUGUGUAAUAAACGCUUUACUCAAAAGAGUUCCCUCAACGUGCACAUGCGGCUGCACCGUGGCGAGAAGGCCUUCGAGUGUCACGUCUGUAACAAACGUUUCUCGCACAAGACUCUGCUGGAGAGGCACAUGGUCACACACAUAAUAUAAACGCCCGGUGACGAGGCCCGGGCCGUACAAUUCCCACACCAGUUUGCCGGGGAAAGAGUGACGUACUCGGCAGACCCAUGCCUCAUGCACCAAGGAGUUUUAGCCAGGGAUAUAAACCAGCCUUUGUGUGAACAGUUAGGAAGAGGUAGACGGCGUAAAACUGGGAACAGCUUAACCUUCCACUGCAUCCCCUCCCCAGCCUUGACAAGUAAUUUCCAAACACAGCUCGGAGUGUGUGCAUCAAACCUGGAUGAUGCUCAGGCGACACAGACGCCUAACUCCCGGCUCUAUGUUGAGGUAACUCAUUUGAACCACAGUCUAUUACCAUUGGUCAGAGAGGAGACCUGUGGAGUGCACUAGCUAUUAGAUGUUCUGAUGAGAUCAGCUUGGCUGUGAUGCAUCUGAACAGAUCAGACAACUAUCACAUUUAGUAGAGGGGGAUAAAGAACCUACUUGUGUUUCACAGAUCUUAACCUGCAGUACUGUAGUACACAAUAUAAAAGCAUAUGGCUUUUGCAUAGUGCCUUCAUUGGAGCAAAAUAUCCCCAGGUGCUUCACAGGAACAUUUCUAAACCAAAAUUGAUACCUGUCUAAGUCAGUAAAGCUUGGUGCAAAUAACCAAAGGCUUUGUCAACAAGUAGGUUUUAAACAGCAUUUUGAAGGAGGUAAGGGAGAUGGAGAAAUUUAGGAAGGGAAUUCCAGACUCGAAGCUCAGACAGCUGAAGUCCCAGCUUGGCAGCAGAAUGAGUAAAUUCAGGGAUGAUUAAAGAGGACAGAACUGGAGGAGCAGAGAAAUCCCUGAGGGAAUGGGGAGGGGGUGAACACAUCAAGGGUAUUUUAAAUGAGGUAUUGUGUAACUGGGGCCCAACGUGGGUCAGCAAGCACAGGAUUGACCUGUGAGUGGACUCAGCAUGAGUUCGGCCCAGGAUCCCAUGAGAGGCCAACUAGAAGAGUGUUGGGUUAAUCAGGAAUGGAAGUGACAAAGGCAAAAUGGUGAAACUGCCGUAAUGAGAUUGAUAAGUCUAGGUUGCUCAGCUAAUUGCCAUUUAAAUGCAGUGAAUUCUGGAGUUCCCUUCCAAUCCUUAAAUUACAUCUUAUUCCACUUACUAACCUCUGCUAAGUUGAGUAGGUGCUCUUUUUCUUCAUAUUUUGGUCUUUCAGGUUUAUAUACCUCAGUUAGAUCUCCCCUUGGCCUCUAUUCCAAAAUAAAUUUGGCUAAACUUUCCUCACAAUUGUCAUGUGCAUCUCUGUUAAUAUAUCUUCAUAACCUCUUCUCACUUUCACUGCCUCCCCUUAGUCUGCUAACCACAUCUGUACAAAUGCUCCUGCUGUGGCUUCAUUAAUAUUUUAGGCAGUUCAAGUGUGACCUUCCAGCUCAUAUAUCCACUGGAAUAAAGGAUAAGACCAUGCUUUCCAGCUGAGCCACGGUAGUGGAUAUAACAAGUUGAACAGCCUGUGGCCUUUUACUGUCCAUGUUGUGUGAUGAAUGGACCAAUUGGACAAUGUAUCAAAGGUCAUGUAGGGGUGAAUUUACCAGCAGGAUGUAUUCAGAGUGACACAUGGUUAAAUGACUAGGUGGAACUCCUGUGCAGCAAAGUCACAAAUCCUUUGGAAAGAAAUCUAAUGAUAAAAUUUGGGACAUUUGCCAACCAGUUUUUCAUCAACCGAGUAAUUUUGUGUUCUUGGUAAGGGCUUAAGUGAGGGACCAAUUUACAGUGGAUUCCAGUUAAUUGGGACAAAUCAGGACCACUACAUUUUGGCCCAAUUAAGCAGCUACGUUGCUUUGUCAAAAUUUCAAGGAAAUAGUUAAAAAGUUAUAAAACAAAAGACAAACUAAAGUUUAACCGAGUAACAAAUUAUGUACUUAAAUUGGAAUGCUAUUAAUACUGCUACAAUACUAUAAAACUGUGUGUUACUUCCUCAUAUUUACCUAUGGAGGAAUUCAUCCAGCAUACACCACUGUGUUCUAUUGAUUGUAACUGAACAAAAGCCUAAAUACAGAUAAUGGACUGUCUUCACACAAUACUUUUGAUGAUUGUUGAUACCUUCAAAU